AUGCAAGGCUCCAGCGCCGACAGCACCACCGCUCACACUCCUGGCGCCGCCGGCCAUGCUUCUCCAGACGGGAAUCCGUCGCCCGCAAACUCGGCCUCAGCGACGCCCACGAACAACUCGCCCACCUCUCCGCGCCUGAUGAACGCCCAGCUGCAGCAGGUCCAGAGCCAGUCGCGCCAGCUGCGGCCGCCCAAGUCGCCGCUGUACGUCCCCGCGGCCCUGCGUCGAACCGAGCGGGCGCCAAAGCAGUCUCCUCUGACGCCGCCUCGCAGCGUCCACGGCUCCGUCGACAACCUGAACUCGGAUGCCGCCUCGAACUUCGCCGCGAAUGCUGCUGCCGUCGAGCCGGAGCCGCUGUCUCGCCGGUCGACGGUCGAGAGCACCCGCAGCGGAGUGAGCAGGCUCGCCCAGGACGAGUGGCUGCGAGACCAGAACCUGGGCGAGGUGACCGGCUCCCCUACGAGGGAACACUGGAAGGCCGACUCGGCCUCUCCGUCGUGCGACUCGCCGGUCUGCAAGUCGUUCUUUGGCAUCUUCGUCCGCCGCCAUCACUGCCGCCAUUGUGGCCAUGUCUUCUGCUCCUCGCACACUCCCCAUGCCAUUCCACUCGACCAGAACGCCAGGUUCCAUCCGGACGGCAUCCCUUCUCGCAGCUGUGACCUGUGCUGGGCCGCGUACCGUCGCUGGGAGCAGGCCCGGACCGACCGUCUGAACCAGAUCCAGCACGACCUCCUCUCCAACCUCAACGGGCCCGGCGAGCGAACCCAGGGCUGGGCAAUCGACGCAGACCGUUUCAGCAUCGGAGACUCGGGGGCCCAGACGCCUUCAGUCGAGCAUCAGGGCGGCAUGAUCGCCAGCAGCGUUCCCAGAGACUGGAGCUGGAGCACAUUCUAA